UUGGUCUGCUGCUUUUGCGAGAAAAAAUACAUCGGCCUGCACCUUAACGGCUCCACGUGUAUAUUCUCGCUUCUGUUCACUUAAAUACAUCACACACGUAUAGCGUGGCAAACUUCCUCACUACCCGGGUUCAUUUCGCAGACGAUGGCGGAUGCCGAGCUGACCAAAGCCUUGAAGGAUCUGCCCAGUCGCGUGCAAACCGCCAGCAAAAACGAGCGCCGAAAUAUACUCCAGAAUGUCGUCGACGUCCUGUCAAAUCCCGGCAUCAAUGAAAAAAUCGUGGCAGGCAUAUGCAAGACCAUAUCGCUCACUCUGCAUAGGUAUGGCGACACAGCUUCACAGUCCUACGUAACAAAUUUGAUAGUGGCCCUGAUCAAGCAUCAUCCUCAGGCCACUAUCAAGCACCUGACUGCCGUUGUUUCCGAGCAAGCUGUUUGGCACAAAAAUGUGAUACCCACGUACAACACUGCUGCGUCGGCAUACAUUGUACUUAAGUGGAGCUCAUUGAUUUUUCUUCAUGGCAACAGUGAAUUUGACAGCUCGGAUAACAAAUCGGAUUUGUCAAAGUUGAUAGAAGCUCAGGCUGUGUUGAGCGCAGCUGCAUUAGCGGCCAGGGAUAGGAAGCUCAAAAAAAAAGUGGAGUCACUUUUUACUUACGAAUGGAAUAAAGUCGAGAAAGAUGUCGAGGAGAAAUAUGUGAAUGUUUUGAUUAACGCAGAGGCUAGCGAGGGUCUUGUUGCACUAGCGGGUCUGCUAACAACAUACUUGAUCGCGGCAAAAAAGAAUGAAUUGUCAGAUAAGCUCAAAAUCGGUAUUUUAGAUACAUUUUUGAAAGUCUGCGUUAGCUGCAAGAAAAAACCAAAUCUAUACAUCAUAGAUGCAGCCAUACCAUUUUUAAAGCAGAUUUCUCACGACGAUUUCAAAAAUCAACUACUUCCCGCUCUGCAGAAGGCUAUGCUAAGAAAUCCGGAAAUCAUAAUUGAAACUGUUGGUCACAUCCUGAGCGGUCUCAGUCUAGACUUGAGCCGUUACAGUCAAGACAUCAGUAAGGGAUUAUUUGCAAAUUUACACUCCAAAGAUGACUUAGUUAGGGAGGAAGCUACAGUUGCCUGCAGAAAAUUAGCACUUCGGUGCUCUGAAAGUACGGCUGUUGAAGGAUUACUAUCAGCUAUUUUUGCAGUGUUUAAUGGCUCGGAAGGAAAACUUACCGUCGCAACCCACAAAAUCUCCGUGUUACAGGGAGCUGGUAAUCUAAGUUACAACGUUGUUGGCGCAGGUAGUUUGCACAGUUUGGCGGAAAGCGCUUGCAAGUAUUUCAUUGAAGUGUUGAGGACAGAAGUUCACGAGACAACGCUGUGCCACGCGCUGGAGAUGAUGUCCCUGUGGUGUGAAAAAUUUGCCAAUGACGUGCCCAAAAGCGUAAUUGACGCUUUCAAGCAAGGAAUGUCGUCGAAAAAUGCAACACCCACGGUGCGCACGUCGUACAUAAAAUUGCUUUUUUCCGUGUCAACUCCACCCUUGGCCAGUCAUUUUGAAAUCAUUGUCCCGAUAUUAGUUCAAUCCAUCACUAGAGCAACCACGCAAAGCGCCCAGCCACCCGUGGUUACUGAAGGCCUACAUGCGGCUUUUUUACUCCUAAAGUUGAUGUCGACCAACCAAGUUGGAAACGAUAAACAAAGCGUCUUGUGGUCUGCCGUCGACGAUCAAAUAUUUUUCUCCGAAAAGUUUCUGGCAACUUGCAACGACGACACCAUCUACUACUUGAUGUUGUUUUGUGAACAUCUCAUAACCGAAUUCACGGAUAAACUCAACGAAAAAACAUUGAGCGGAAUACAUCGCGCAAUUAUCGUUUGUAUAACAACGCCCAAGUAUUCCAUCAGGAAUAAAUGUUGUCCGCUAAUGAAAAAAGUCUUAACGGGAAUAAGUACAUACGAGCCGAUACAGUCACUUCUCGUAGAGUUUAAUAAAUUUCUCGACUCCACGAAAUUCAAAGCAGAAAACGACAAGGAAGAUGCCGUCAACGAGAAAGUUAUCUGUGGAAUCUCUCUGUCCGACGGUCUUUUGGCCAUCUGUUCUGGUACAUUCUUAUUUGAGCAGCACGCGUACCAUUUACUCAAGGAUCUAUUAAUCCCAGCUCAUCACCCUGUUAUUUACAAAGCAAUGCCAAACCUCUGGCUCAAGGCGCUCAAGCGCUUCUUCGAUGGAACCCCGGCCAACUUUUUACGCAAGUCCAGUAGCGAGAUUCGCAAGCUUUUCGUUCAAAACUACAAGCCCACCCUGAGCUACGAAAAUGCCUUAGCUCGAGUAGCUUCGCUGGCUCCAGAUGUAGUGCUUCCUACUUUAGUGUCGCAUGUCACGGGUAAACUCGACGAUCCUGAAAUUACAAAAGUAACAAAGGACGAGUAUUUCACGUAUUUGACUCCUGAGGGUGAAUUAUACGACAAGAGCGUUAUGCCGGGGAUCGACGAGAACGAUAUCCUUAACGCGAUGAACAUGAAGCGCGAGAGCAAGGUGUACUCGUUCAAAGAGCAGCAGGAAGAAUUACAGCUACGUCGGGAAUUGUACGAGAAGCGUAAAAAGGAGGGUAAGAUCAAGGAACCAAAGCUUACACCUAAGCAAGAGGAGGCUGUUAAAGCUCAAUACACCAAGGAAAAUGCGAUAAGGCGUCGACUGACGGAAUUAAAUACCAACGUGAUGAGUGUCGUAUCAAUGAUCAAGGCUGCGACUCAAGGAAAUGGUUUUCACCUGUCGUUCUAUUUCAAAGAUCUUUUACCCUCGAUUCUGAAAAAUUUGGCCUCACCACUGGCUGCUCCGAUCGUGUCCCAGCUCUUUGUUGAUCUCCGUAAAGCUGUCAUUAUUUCUAGCGACCCGAUAUUGGAUCAGAUGAUCGCACACGUCACGCUCAGGCAAUUCAAUCCUCAGUGUGACUUGGAUCCAGCUUGGCAAGAGGAAGACCUGCCAAAGGCUGUUAGACGCACCCUGAGUCUUAUCCACUCGCUUACCGUGAAGAAAAAGGAACUGAUGUGCGCUCCAGCAUUCUGCUACUCGUUUAACUUUAUCAAGAAGACUCUUCUGACCGCGAAAGAUGAGAAUGUUAUGACUCAGGGUCUACAAAUAAUGCAAGAUCAUGCAAAACAACGCGGCGACUCGACUAAUCCGGAGGACGCUCGUCAUCCACGUUUGAUGCCACGUAAACAACUGUUUGAUCUGCUGAUUGAGCUAAUGAGCACGACAAGCGGCCGAGUGCAAGCUCACGCGGUUGCUACUCUUUUGGACGUGGCACACUCGGGUGAUGGAUCCGAAGGCGCAGCCUUGGCUACUUCGGAUGAAAUAGAGUCGCUCACUGGUGCCCUACAGUAUCCAGUGAGUGCAGUAAGGGAUGCAGCUCUUCGCGGUCUCAUGGUCAUCAAAAACUCCUUUCCCUCAAAUAAAGAAGAUCCGGCACAGCUACUUAAUCUCACCAGGAGAAUCUGGAUAGCCAAGUUUGACGUGUGCGAUGAGAAUAAGGAACUAGCUGAUCAACUGUGGACAGCCGCUGGUCUCACUGCAAAUCCAGAUGUUUUAUGUGGUGAACUGUUGCAAGACGUUGCUCAUCCAGUAGAGUGCGUGCAGCAAUCCGCAGCCUGUGCUCUUGCCGAGCUACUGAAGCAAGAUCCCAAACUUAUGCCAAAUAUCUUGGACCAACUACUCUUACUCUAUCAGACAAAACUGACCAUGAUUCCAGCUAAAGUCGAUGACUUUGGUCGCGUUAUCGAACAGCCCGUCGACACCUGGGGUCCACGUCGCGGCGUUGCCUUGGCUCUAGCUCAAUUUGCUCCGCUCCUCCUGCCCAAAUCCAUACACACCCUCAUUCAGUUUUACGUUAAAACGGGUUUGGGUGAUCGCAACGAGGUCGUUCGCAACGAAAUGUUCACGGCCGCGGUAGCUGCAGUAGAUUUGCACGGUAAAGACAACAUCGCCUCGUUGUUGCCUGUGUUUGAACAGUUUAUGGAUAAAGCACCCAAAACCGGCAGCUUUGACUGUAUUAAGCAAAGUGUUGUUAUUUUGAUGGGAUCGCUGGCCCGGCAUCUUGAUAAAGACGACCGGAGAAUCAAACCGAUCGUCACGAGAUUGGUCGCCGCUCUGUCAACUCCGUCGCAACAAGUGCAAGAAGCCGUUGCUAAUUGUCUACCACAUCUAGUACCGUCCAUCAAAGACGACACACCCAAAAUCGUUGAAAAACUCAUGCACCAAUUGCUCAACUCGGAGAAAUACGGUGAUCGCAAGGGAGCUGCGUAUGGUCUUGCUGGCCUUAUCAAGGGCAUGGGUAUCUUGGCCCUGAAGCAACUGGACAUUAUGACGAAGCUCACCGAGGCAAUUCAGGACAAGAAAAACUAUCGGCACAGAGAAGGCGCUCUGUUCGCUUUCGAGAUGCUGUGCACAAUGCUUGGCAGACUGUUUGAACCAUACAUUGUUCACGUAUUGCCGCAUCUUUUGCUGUGCUUUGGCGAUUCUAGCCAAUACGUCAGAGCAGCAACGGACGAUACGGCAAAAGUUGUUAUGAGCAAGUUAUCGGCCCACGGUGUCAAGCUUGUGCUGCCUAGUCUUCUUGCCGCUCUGGAGGAGGAUUCGUGGAGAACGAAAACAGGUUCCGUUGAGCUUCUCGGUGCAAUGGCAUACUGUGCACCCAAACAAUUAUCCAGCUGCUUGCCGAGCAUCGUACCGAAACUCAUCGAGGUCCUCAGCGAUUCUCACACGAAAGUACAAGAAGCCGGUGCCGAAGCUCUCAAAGUCAUUGGCAGCGUCAUUCGCAAUCCUGAAAUCCAGGCUAUCGUGCCUGUUCUCCUCAAGGCUCUUCAAGAUCCAUCGAAAAAGACGGCCACGUGCUUACAAACUCUACUCGACACGCAAUUCGUUCACUUUAUUGAUGCCCCAUCGCUCGCCUUAAUCAUGCCUGUCGUACAGCGUGCUUUCAUGGACAGAUCGACCGAGACGAGAAAGAUGGCGGCGCAGAUUAUCGGAAAUAUGUACUCCUUAACUGACCAAAAGGAUCUCACACCCUACUUGCCGACCAUCAUACCAGGCCUGAAGAUGAGCUUACUCGAUCCCGUGCCAGAGGUGCGCAGCGUGUCUGCCCGAGCAUUGGGCGCAAUGGUACGAGGCAUGGGAGAAACGAGCUUCGAGGAUCUCCUGCCUUGGCUCAUGAUAACGCUUACGUCCGAGACCAGCAGUGUCGAUCGCUCGGGUGCGGCUCAAGGUCUCUCGGAAGUGGUACGCGGCUUAGGCGUAGAAAAACUGCACAAACUAAUGCCCGAGAUCAUUAGUACAGCUGAGCGUACGGACAUUGCCCCACACGUCAAGGAUGGUUACAUCAUGAUGUUUAUUUACAUGCCGAGCGCCUUCACCACUGAAUUCACACCUUACAUCGGUCAGAUCAUCAAUCCCAUUCUAAAAGCCCUGGCUGAUGAAAACGAAUACGUGAGAGAAACGGCUCUCAGAGCCGGCGAGAGGAUCGUCACUUUGUACGCCGAUUCGGCGAUUAUGCUGUUGCUGCCCGAAUUGGAGAAGGGGCUGUUUGAUGACAACUGGCGUAUCAGGUAUUCAUCGGUGCGGCUUUUGGGUGAUCUCCUUUAUAGAAUCUCGGGGGUGUCGGGUAAAAUGUCGACGGAGACGGCGAGUGAAGACGACAACUUUGGUACCGAGCAGUCGCACUAUGCCAUAAUAAAGUCUCUCGGUGCCGAGAGGCGCAACCGUGUGCUGGCUGGUCUGUACAUGGGCAGGUCAGACGUGGCUCUGAUGGUACGUCAAGCUGCUCUCCACGUCUGGAAAGUCGUUGUAACGAAUACUCCCAGAACUCUGAGGGAAAUCCUGCCAACUUUGUUCAGUCUGUUGCUGGGCUGUCUAGCAAGUACGAGCUUUGACAAGAGACAAGUGGCCGCUCGAACGCUUGGUGAUCUCGUGCGCAAGCUAGGCGAGAGAGUACUCCCCGAGAUCAUACCCAUUUUGGAGAGGGGCCUACAAAGCGAGCAGGCUGACCAGAGACAGGGAGUCUGUAUCGGUUUGUCCGAAAUCAUGGCCAGCACCAGCAAAGACAUGGUUCUGUCGUUCGUCAACAGUCUCGUUCCCACUGUCAGAAAAGCUCUCUGCGAUCCUCUGCCUGAAGUACGUCAAGCUGCAGCCAAGACCUUUGACAGCCUGCACUCGACAGUCGGAGUCCGUGCGCUGGACGACAUUCUCCCAGCUAUGUUGAAUCAGCUCAACUCCUCGGAUGAGGCCGAGGCCGAGAAUACCCUGGAUGGUCUUCGUCAGGUCAUGGCCAUCAAAUCGCGAGUUGUCCUGCCCUACCUUGUCCCGCAGCUCACCAGUCAACCCGUCAACACUAAGGCUCUGUCCAUCCUUGCGAGCGUAGCUGGCGAGGCUCUUACGAGGUUCCUGCACAAAAUUCUGCCUGCUCUGCUCACUGCCCUCUCAACGGCUCAAGGUACGCCCGAUGAGAUGCAAGAACUGGAAUAUUGCCAAGCCGUGGUGUUGUCCAUCACAGACGAGGUUGGUGUCCGAACUGUCAUGGACCAACUGAUGGAGGCCACACGUUCCGAGGACCCCUCCAGGCGUAGAAGCGCCGCUACACUACUGUGUGCGUUCUGCAGAGACACCAGAGCUGAUUACAGUCAAUACGUGCCGCAACUGCUGCGCGGACUCAUUCAUUUGUUCACCGACGACGACAAGGACGUGCUGCAAAUGAGCUGGGAAGCCUUGACCGCUGUCACCAAAACUCUUAAUUCGGAUCAACAGAUCGCUCACGUGCAAGACAUUCGUCAAGCUGUGCGAUUCGCAGCAUCCGACCUCAAGGGUCAGGAGCUCCUGUCUGGCUUUUGCUUGCAAAAGGGCAUCACUCCCAUCCUGCCCAUCUUCCGCGAAGCUAUACUCAACGGUAUGCCAGAGGCUAAAGAACAAGCGGCUCAGGGUCUCGGGGAAGUUAUUCAACUAACUAGUGCCACUGCGCUGCAGCCGAGCGUCGUUCACAUAACCGGACCUCUGAUUCGUAUUUUGGGAGACAGGUUCAACUGGAGCGUGAAGGCUGCUGUACUCGAAACUUUGGCCAUCUUACUUGGCAAGGUCAAAGUUAUGCUGAAACAAUUCUUACCACAACUGCAAACUACAUUUUUGAAAGCACUGAACGACAGCAAUAGGCAAGUCAGGCUCAAAGCUGCGUACGCUUUGAGUAAUCUCAUCGUCAUUCAUACGCGCGCUGAUCCACUGUUCGCUGAACUGCAUACCGGCAUCAAAAGUGCCGAUGAUCCAUCCAUCAGGGAAACUAUGUUACAUGCCUUGAGAGGUGUGAUAACCCCAGCUGGAGAUAAAAUGAGUGAACCCAUGAGAAAGCAAAUAUUUGUGACUUUGAGUGGAAUGCUUGGACACCAAGAGGACAUUACAAGAAAUGCCGUAGCAGGAUGUUACGGGGCUCUUGUUAAAUAUUUGAAUCCCGACCAACUUAACAGCUCUUUUAAUGAGCAUCUAUUCUCUACCAAUGUCAACGACGACUGGAUGCUGAGGCAUGGUCGAUCAGCUGCCCUGUUUGUGGCUUUGAAAGAAGCUCCAGCAGUUGUUUACAAUGAUAAGGAUAAGGAUCGUGUGUGCAAAGUAUUAUUGUCACACUUGGCGGCUGAUAAAGUUCAAAUAGCCAUGAAUGGUGUGCGCGCUUGUGGUUACUUGUUCCAAUACCUUAUGAACAAUAAUUUACCAGCCCCUCAAGUCAUUGUGUCGCCUUUUGUUAGGUCCAUGAACAACAAUAGUAACGAAGUUAAGCAACUUCUUGCUCGUACGUGUACUUACCUUGCGAGAAAUGUCACACCGGAACACAUGUCACCUGAGUUACUAAAAGCAUUGCUACCAAUGCUAGUCAAUGGGACUAAAGAGAAAAAUGGUUAUGUGAAGGCGAAUAGUGAAUUGGCUCUUAUUGCUGUUUUACGUUUGAGAACUGGAGACGAGGAACACCAGCGAUGCAUGAGCUUGUUAGAUGUUGGUGCAAAAGAAUCUUUGUCAGACGUCGUCAGUAAAGUUCUGCGCAAGGUCUUAUCACAGCCCGAGGGCAAGAUCGAAGAGCUGGACGAUACACUGCUUACGUGAGAGAUGCUGUAUUGUCAAGACUUUAUUGUUCAUAAUUUUCGUUCCUACUUUAGUCGAGUAGUCUUCAGCACAUUUCAUCGCUGGAAGUGUCGCUUGCUACGAAUUAGAACAAACGAAAGAGUCAAAGACGAGGACCAGACGAACAGCAACUCCAACAGUGACAAUGACUGUAACGACAAUGUCACGAAUUUUCUAGUUAAAAAUUUUUUUAGGAAUUCUACGAUAGACGUUAAAGUACUCACACCGCCAAUUAGAUAAUAUCGUCGGUUGCUUUGUUCAUUCUCAAUAGUUAGAUAAUAAAGACUGUAAUUCAUUCGUGGUAAAAGAGAGAGAAAGAGUCAGAGAACGAGAGAAAAUACAAUCAAGUAUGUUGGAUGAGUAUGUGAUGAAUUUGCGCGAGUUAUGAUGCAAUCUAGUCGGUCAAUGCAACUGUCUCUCACUUCGAUGAGUCGCAGCAGUAGCAGAGCAAAAGUGUUGGGGCCGCUCGAUCAAGAGUAGUUGGCUGAGGUUCUUUUUCUAUUAAAUCGUUGUUUCCUUAUUGUGCAUUUUUUAAAACUGACGUAAGUGAUACGAAACAAAAAAAAUAUUAAUUAUGGUAUCAUAGGCAUGUGCCGUGGUACAAUUAUUUGAUAUCGAUGAGAGUCAAGUAAACUGAUGUUUUUACCCAUAUGCUACUCUCGAAGCACUUUUUCUCGAUAAUUGCAUUUAGAAAGAAAAAAAAAUGAACACAAUCGUUAUACAGCAAAUGAAUCAUUAAUGCAUUAACUUAAGUUUUUAUAUCAUUUUAAUUUACCAUUUUUUUUUAACUUGGCAGACAAUGUUUUAACAUAACAGCGAAAAGGGAUACUAAUUAAUAAGUAAUGCUCUAUUUCCGUUUGUUUGUUUGUUUGUUUUUUUUUUUUUUUUUUUUAUGAUCAAUUGUAUAUAUUUGUAUUGAUAAAAACUACACAUCCACUCGAUCACCGC